GAGGGCGGGCAUUGCUUAUCCAGGUUUCAUUUAUGAUCACAGUGGUUCAAAUGCCGUGGAGUGCUGCCAGCUUUCAUAGCAGCUGUCAGCGGUUUGAUACCGGAUCCAGCUGUGUACGAUUCUGGGAUAACCAUCCAUACCCUCAUCUGAUGGUUGGAUGAGUGCCGUGAAAUUUCCGCUCACGCAGAAUUAAGCAAGUUUGCUGGGGCAGCUUAGCAGACAAAUAAUAAUGGAUUUACUCGCGUUUUUGAAUCUAAACGAACUUUCCCUUGGGAUGUCCAAGCUUUCAAUGUACCCACUGUUCGACAUAGCACAUUACAUUGUGUCUUUAAUGGCACUGAAGGAACAACCAGGGGCCAUGGCGGUGGCACGGCGGAGCCCUUUUGCCUGCUGGUUCAGUUCCAUGCUCUUCUGCUUUGGAGGGGCCGUCCUCUCAAACCUGCUGCUGGCGGAACCUCCUGUGGCACCGCUUUCCAACGACGGCAACGUGCUGCUGGCCUCCAUUAUCUGGUACUUGGUGUUCUACUGCCCCCAGGACCUGGUGUACAGGUCUGCUGCCCUCCUGCCCAUCCGGUUAGUUCUGUCUGGGAUGAAGGAAGUGACCCGCACGUGGAAGGUGUUGGGAGGGGUCGCGCAGGCCCAGAAGCACUACAAGGACGGGAUACUGGUGAUGAUUGCUGUGGGUUGGGCUAAAGGUGCUGGAGGUGGGCUUAUCAGUAACUUUGAGCAGCUUGCACGAGGAGUCUGGAAACCAGAGACCAAUGAGCUUCUGAACAUGUCAUAUCCCACUAAGGUCACUCUGAUGGGCGCAGUCCUGUUUUCACUGCAGCAGUGCCAGUAUCUCCCGCUCCAGACGCAUCAUCUCAUGUUCAUCUACACUGUGUUCCUGGUUGUCAACAAGACGAGCAUGAUGCUGUCUGGCUCCCCAUCCUGGCUCUUCUCUCCUGUGGAAGGGGCCGCGUACCGUGUGCUUUUCGCAGAGCAGCCCACAGACCUGGCCACUGCAGCCACGCCCAAGGCCCCCCGCGCGCCUGGCAGGACGCCCUCGUCAGAUACCUGCGCCGCCCCCAAGCAGGACGGCAGAGCCGCCUCAGAGAGCCAGAACGGUUCAGCGGCCUCAGAAUCCGACGGAGAAGCCCCGACCGAGUCAGAGACGCGGGGCGAGGACCAAACGCCGAGCGGUGUUGGAGGCAGUAAGAAGACUGAUUAAGGGCUUGUGCAGCACCUUUCACAUUCUUCUAAUCAUUUCACUUUAAUAAAAGCAUGUUGAGGACUGUGGGAUAAUUUAAUAAAUGAUAGAGCUAUAUUUUCAUAUUUAUAAAAGGAAAAAAAAUGUUAUGGUAAUUUUAUAAGUUUGUCUUGGUGCAUUGGGUUUCUAGGGGUUUUGAAUAAAAUACUUGUGCAGUAAGGGGAAUAUCUGAAAGGCAACAGGAGAUUAUUUAUUGUUUUGGAAUGUUAGUGAUUUGACAUUAGAAAUACACAAUUAAACUUUUAUAAAUGAUAUUUAUGCACAAUGACGCUGCAACUGUGAAUUUAAGAAUGCACACUAUGCUGUAAUUCUCUUGUGAAUCUAUGAAAUGCUGUUGAGAAAUAAAUUCCAAUUUUACUUGCA